AUGAGAGCUCAUUGCUGCUGUCCUUCUUCUAGAUCAGUGUUUUUGGGGACGCCAGCAGAAGAAGGGGGAGCAGGCAAAGCCGUCCAUAAAGCUGGUGCAUUUGACGAUCUGGAUGUUGUGUUCAUGGCCCCAUUUCAAGAAGACCUGCCUUAUAAGCCUGCUAUGGCAAGAUCGUCUGACUGUGAAAUACUUGGAAAAGCUUCUCAUGCUGCUGCUUACCCUUGGGAAGGAGUAAAUGCUAGAUGCUGCUGUCUUGCAUAACAACAUCUGUCAGUUUUAAGGCAGCAAAUAAAACCAACAUGGAGACUCCAUGGUGAGCUUAAAAAUGGGUGAGAGAGGCCCAAUAUUAUACCUCCUUUCACAGAACUAGAAUUUUACUUGCGUACUCCCGCUGAAGAAUUGUCAAUUCUUACAGAGAAAGCUGAGAGUUGCUUCACUGCAGCACUUGCUACAGGAUGCACAGUAGAAAUAAGAAGUGACAUUCCAGUUUAUUACAAUGUGCUUCAAAAUAAAAGUCUGGAACAAGCUUAUGUGGAAAAUGGAAAGAGGCUUGGGAUGGAGUUUCCAGACAAAGCUAUCUCGUCUACUUCAUUAGGUUCCACUGACUUUGGGAAUGUUUCCUAUGUUGUUCCUGGAAUUCAUCCUUAUUUCUAUAUUGGUUCAGAUGCUCUGAAUCAUACUGAGCAGUUCACUGUGGCUGCAGGGUCAGAAGAAGCACAAAAGUAUGCCUUGCGUACAGCUAAAGCUUUGGCAAUGACUGCGCUAGAUGUUAUCUUUAGACCAGGACUGCUACAACAAGUCCAAGAUGAUUUCAGACAAACAAAACUAGAAGAACAAGAUUACUGAAGUAUGCAAAGAAAAUUUCUGACCAAGGAAUUGUGAGAAAUGGGACAACCUUGAUCUUAGCAGUAAUCAGCUAUGUACUCAGCACAGGGUUGACUGGUUUAACAUUUGCAGUGUGCUGGGUACUUAAGAUAUAUUACCAACAAUUAAAAAUUCUUUGGCCUGUGGUUUUAUAUUAAGAUGUUCAUUCCAGAAAAAAAGCACCAAAACCUUUUAAUGACUUAAGACAUACUUGGAUCUGAGGCAUAAGGACUGUUGGCAAUUUCAGAUUUUAUAGGGAAAAGCUUAUUUCUUUAUUUGGUUGCACUCUUUACACUAAAACUGCCUAAGAAGGCUGAGAUACACCAGCAUCUCACCCAUUGUCAUUCAGCUUGUAAAUACAACUUGCACUAAUAACAUUUCAAUCAUUUAUACUGUAGAGAUGUUCACAUCCAAGUGCAAAUGCUUGUGUUUCCCCCCCUGCCAUUGGGAACCACUCCUUAAGUGGGGUUCUGAUUAAAAUAUUCCUACCAGUGCAAAGGAAGGAGAGGUGACUUUUGCAUUUUCCCCAAUUCUUCUGCAGGCUAUAGUUCUUCUUUCUUCACUGUUUUUGACAGUGCCACACCACUGCAGAGGGCCAGCAUGAUAUAGUGUUGGACAUAAGGCAUGGUUGUAAAAAGAGGUUUAGUUAAACAAAGUAGUUGGCAUACUUACAAUUUCUAUAGCAUUCUUACUUCACGUACAGUAUUAUACUGAGAACAGUUUAUUCAACAAUGUGAAUACUGUAAUUACUGUUUCAGCAACAUGCAGUACAAAGUCUGCAUUGUUGCUUUAAAAAUAUUUAAAUUUAAACAUUGUACUUCAGUCUUUAUAAUGCUUAAAUUUUGUGUAAUUCCACUACAAAAUCCUGUGGAACAACUUGCAGGAUAGCGCUCAGUUUGGGUACAGGUGGUGAUACAGUAAGGAGAUUGAUGCGCUUUUUGAAAGUGAUGUCAUAAGUAUCGAAGUGAUUAGCAAGAACGAAAGAAACGUGUAUGUAAUAGAAAAAGACAUUUAUAAUUUUGUUGAGUCUUAAUAUAUCAUAGAAUAUGUAGAUAUGCAGUCUCAGCUAUUUACAUAAUACUUAAAAUUUUACAAUAUUAUAUAUAUUUACAAAUGGAAAAAAAUAUUAACAUUGUUGAUUUCUGUAAUUGGAAUACCGGUGCAAAAACUAAUAGUUUCAAAAGGAGAAAUUGAACAGGUCCUCUUAUUUUAAUAGCCACAUCUACUGUGUUGUGUACUUAGAAAUGGUGAAUCAUGCCAUUUAAAAUAAAAGUACUAUUCAAAAA